GCGGGCGGCCAUGCGGGCGGCGCUGCGGCUGCUGGCCACCGCCGUGCUGACCUGGACCGGAGCGUCCCCCACCGACGUCUGGGAGGUCACCAAUGAGGUGGCGGCCAGCCCCGAGGACUCGGGCCGGGCAGUGUGCCGACCGGCGGCCGUUUGCGCUGUGGUGCAGACCAACGCCUGGGGCGUCAGCCGGCAGGAGCUGUGCCGGUGUCCGGGCCGCCAGCGGUGCCCACUGCACUGGGACAAUGAGGACGGCCACUCGAUGACACACGGCUCCAGCCAGUACAAGUUUUGUCAGCAGGCGCCGGCCCUGGCGCCGUGCGCGGAGGGGCAGCUGGCCAUGACGGACGAGCUGGUGACCUACCUCGACCCCGGCACGCCGAUGGAGCACCACGAGCAGCUGCACUGCCGCUGUUCGGCCGGCCGCCGGCUGCUGCAGACCGACUUCCAGUGGCGAGAGCUGCCCGACGGGGAGCUCAUCCAAACAGAGCACAGCUGUGUGCAGAUGCCGGUGUGCCGACCGGGUCAGCACUGCAAGUUCAUCACGCGCACUCCACAGUCGAGUCUGGUGCAGGUGAACUGCGCGUGCGCCGGUCGCCUCAGCUGUCCGUCGGCCACGGACAGCCAGGUGCUGCGGGUGCCGAUCGGCAGCGGCUUCCUCGUCUCGGUCCUCUGUCGGUAGUCCUCUGUCGGUAGUCCUCGGUCGGUAGUCCUCUGUCGGUAGUCCUCUGUCGGUAGUCCUCGUCGGUAGUCCUCUGUCGUCUUGGCCCGCCAGCUCCACCGACAGAGAGACUAACUCGCCGCCGGCAGAAGGCAACUGUGUGAUGUAGCGAUCUAUUCUGUUCCAAACGCACCGGUCGAGAAUAAAACAACGUGAACGA